UUGUUUUGUUAAAUAAAUUAUGACCAUAUCCAUGAGCCAUCUGGAGCAAGAGUCGUAGUUGUUGUUGUUCUGCAUCUUCCUCUAAAAUCCAGUCUACACCUUUGCACUGAGUCUAAGAGAAUUCUAUUUGCAAUAAUAGUGUUAUUCGAUUUGUAAGAAACUACUGCAAAUGCCAUUGAAAACCGAAUUAAACUGACACAAUUCCAAAUGAGCAACACGAAUAUUAAAUACUUUAAAGGCAUUAUUUUUUGUUUUUCCAACUUUAUGCAAUACCGUGCUAAAAGUCUUAAAUUAUCAAUUUUGUAUACUUGUUAUUCGAUGGUAUUGUCAUUGUUUACUGAUUGGGUUUUUUAGUCACAUAUGGCUUGACUAAGAAAGUUGUAUAGUUCCAUUAUCACAUUAUCAUAUGGCAAAGGUUAAGUUCUAAUUACCAUAUACACACCCCGAUGCACUGGUAGACACUAUCGCUUUAUUGGUUUUCGUUUUUUAUUAAAUUUUCUGUUAUAUUUUGGUCUUUCAGUGUGACAUUUGCCAGUGUGAUCUUCUUUUUUACAUGGAACUUCUAGAAUUUGUAGAGUUUGUAGUUUUCUUCUCCAGUUUCCAAGGGAUUCUAGAUCGUUGGUUGGCAUUGCCAGAAGGGCUUCAAAUAUGUUCAUUAUCACAAGUAUUCCAAUAACUGUUCGAAUUUUUAAAACUGAAGAUGCCAUUUUAUGGCCGACGGGUUAUUUUCUACGUCGAACAGGAAUCAAACGUUGACCGUGGUCAGAUAUUGAGCAGUAAUAAAAGGGAAAAACCAUGUCCAAAGUGUCAGAAGAGGGAUCAUCGUGGAUCCUGCAGAAGAAUGGUGACUUUUAACAAAAACUCGGGUUGCUGAAUAAUACAACAAAAACAACAAAAAAGUGUGAUAUGAAUCUCCAAUUCCAAGCUCCAAGAGCUUAUCUAUAGACAUCGCAACAGUGUACUAAAUUUUUAUAAUUAUUAUAAUUUUUUAAUUUGGAGAAAUAUUUAGAAUAUAAGUUUAUCGUGUGUUAAUUUGCCACAUUUAUUUAUUAUCGAAAUAAAAUUCCUGAAUUUUAUUGUAUCGCGAUAAAAUAUAAAUACAAUUUAAGUGGAAUGAAAAAUAAUUCAUGUUUACUCAAUGCAAUCACUGUGUCGCGUCGUGAGUCGUCUUGUCAUGUUUUAAGGUUUUGUGUUAUUAUUAGAAAUACUUGUUGUUAAAAAAAAAA